GCAUAUUCUUGCUACCAGCUACCUUUUAACCUUUUACACAAAUUAUUGAUAGCACAGCUCCCUUUGCGCAGCCCUCUGCAGCCCUCUCAAAAAUGAUGGAAAACCAAGGGUUGUGCCAACAAUUUUUGUCAUUCCUCCAUGUUUUUCCUGCUUUGUUGCUGCUGCUGCUGCUGGUUGCGGUUGUUGCUGCUUUUUGCUGCUUAUGGUUGUGGUUGUUGCUGAUUUGCUGUAUUCUCCCUCGAUGUGCGUGCGCGCAUGCAACGCCAUUGGGCUCUGUGAACGCUUGCUGACAAGUACAUUUCUUGGUGCAAGUGGUCCUGCACAUGUGGAAGCCACAGCCAGAUGACCAUGUUCUUUUCAGUCAUGAAGCGGGAAGCGCGCGCGAGCAAUGGUUUAUCGCCCAAGCGCCUGAGGAGUCACGCCGUUGGUGGCAAGGAGGUGCCGAGCCUUGGAGCUCCCAGCCCCAAGCCUCGAUCACAGACUUAUGUCACAGCCGGGCAUGUGGUCGUCAUCUCCGAGGUUUUGGAAGUGGAAGAUCCACUCGCUGAAGUACAAGAGUUGUCCAGGCGUUUGGACAGUACCCGUGGCUGCCUACUUUCAUCCUCCUAUGAAUACCCGGGCAGGUAUGGACAAUGGACGUUGGGCUUUGCGGACCCACCGCUGUGCUUGGAAGCUUGGAACCGAAAGUUCCAAGUCACUGCGCUCAAUCGCCGUGGCGUGUGCUUUGUGCCAACAGUUUUCGACGUCUUGAAGGAGACCGCAGCUGUAGCCGAGGUGAAGAUGGAUGGUCCUGACAAGAUCAUCGGAGAAGUAAAGGAAAGUGAGGGCUAUUUCUCUGAGGAGGAGAGGUCAAAACAGCCAAGUAUUUUCUCGGUUGUUCGUGCUUUCGUCAAUUUAUUUGAAUCUGGAGCGGAUCAUCACUUGGGUUUGUAUGGUGCUUUCGGCUAUGACCUGGCCUUUCAGUUUGAGAAGGUCAAGCUCCACAAAGAUCGGGACCCACAACAGCGGGACUUGGUGUUGUACAUUCCCGACAGCCUGCUCAUCAUCAACCACCAACAGCAGCAGUCUUGGAAAAUGGAGUAUGAUUUUGUUUUCGCCUCUGGUGGCAAGAUGCUCAGCACGAAAGACAUGGACGACAAAGGUCCAGAGGUGGCAUUUAAACCAAGAACUCAAAUGCCUCUUGGUGUAGACAAACGUGAGCUGAAACAAGGCGAGUUUGCCAAGUUAGUAGGUGCGGCCAAGGAAAAAUUUUUGCGUGGUGACCUGUUUGAGGCGGUGCUUUCGCAGACGUUUCGGGAACCAUGCAAGUCCAGGCCCAGUGAGGUUUUUCACUGCCUGCAAGGGCGAAAUCCUUCUCCUUACGGUUUUUUGAUGAACCUCGGGGAGGAAGAAUACCUUGUUGGAGCAUCCCCUGAGAUGUUUGUUCGUGUGGAACGAAAUUUGAAGGGACUGCGAGUUGAGACUUGCCCAAUCAGUGGCACCAUUGCAAGAGGCAAGGACGCCUUGGAGGAUGCUGAGCACAUUAAGAAGAUUCUCGCUGAUCCGAAGGAAGAGUCUGAGAUCACAAUGUGUACAGAUGUAGACCGCAAUGACAAGUCCCGCAUUUGUGAGCAUGGUAGUGUCCAGGUUCUUGGGAGACGCCAAAUCGAGCUCUACAGCAAGCUUAUUCACACAGUCGACCAUGUUGAGGGCUACUUGAGGCCGGAGUUUGAUGCAAUAGAUGCAUUUUUAGUCCACACGUGGGCCGUCACUGUCUGCGGAGCGCCAAAAACAUGGGCCAUGCAGUUUGUCGAGGAAUGUGAACAGUCCCAACGAUGCUGGUAUGGUGCCUCUGUGGGUCAUGUUGCCUUUGACGGCCAUUUGAAUACUGGACUGACGCUACGAACUGUUCGAAUCAAAGAUGGUGUAGCAGAGGUUCGUGCAGGAGCGACGCUGUUAUUUGACAGCGUUCCAGAGUCUGAAGAGAAGGAGACGGAGCUGAAAGCUUCGGCAUGUCUUAAUGCUGUCAGGAACCCUCAUGAUGUACCUCAGAAUGCUGGGCUCGCUCCCAGGAUGCCUUUGAAGCAGGCUGACCGCAGGGUAGUGUUGAUUGACUUUGAAGACAGCUUUGUUCAUACGCUGGCAAACUACCUUCGACAAACAGGUGCGACAGUCACGACUGUGAGGCACACUCAAGCAGAGCAUGCGUUGGCUCAAGUGAAGCCAGAUCUUGUCGUUUUGUCUCCUGGUCCAGGGCGCCCAACUGAUUUUGGCGUUUCCAAGCACAUCAAUCGCUUGGUGGACCUUGGCUGCAGAAUUUUUGGUGUGUGCCUUGGGCUACAAAGCAUUGUCGAGCACUUUGGUGGAAAGCUCGGGCAAUUGCCACUACCUAUGCAUGGCAAGCCGUCAGAGGUGCAAAUCCGGACUAGGGGGCAUGAUGGAAGCAGCAUCCCAACAGAGAAAUCUGGACCAAUUUUUAAAAAUUGUCCAUCGAGUUUUGUAGUGGCAAGGUACCACUCUCUCUACGGCUUGCGUCCGUUGCCCGAGUGCUUGCUUGAGACAGCCUGCAUUAUGCCAGGCCUGUCCUCUGGUGAUGGUAUUGAUGCGGGUGAACCUAUUGUGAUGGCCAUUCAGCACAAGACCUUGCCCAUUGCUGCAGUGCAAUUCCACCCCGAGUCUAUCUUAACAAGCCCAGAGCUGGGGGUGCAGAUGUUGGUCAAUGCACUCUCGCUCUCAACCCAGCCGUAGCUAUCGACCGCCUAGGUGAUGUACAGUCCAGCAACCAAUUUUUGCGAUGAAAAGAAUCUAUAUAAACAACCCGCAGUGGCAAGUGGUGAUGCUUUGUGCAGACGCUGGUGAUUUUUUGAACCUUCCU